GCGGUGCUGGUGGCCGCCACGCUGUGCGGGAGCGGAGCGCUCGGCGGGCGGGUCCUCAGCGGUCAAAAGGUGUGCUAUGGUGGCUUCAAGCGUUCCUGCUACAAGAUAGCUUAUUUCCAGGACUUGUCUAGACGCGUGGGCUUUCAGGAGGCCCGCCAAGCUUGUGAAAUGGAUGGCGGGGCUUUACUGAGCUUGGAAAGUGAAGCUGAGCAGCAACUAAUAGAAAACAUGUUACAGAACCUUACUAAGUCAGGCUCUGGGAUUUCUGAUGGUGAUUUCUGGAUUGGGUUGUGGAGAAGCGGUGAUGGACUGGCCACCUCCAGUGCUUGCCCUGACCUCUACCAUUGGGCUGAUGGAAGUAUUUCACCCUUCAGAAAUUGGUAUACAGAUGAGCCUUCCUGUGGAAGUGAAGCCUGUGUUGUCAUGUAUCAUCAGCCAACAGCAAACCCUGGUCUGGGAGGGCCAUAUCUUUAUCAAUGGAAUGAUGAUAGAUGCAACAUGAAGCACAAUUUUAUCUGCAAGUAUGGCCCAGACAAUGUCUUAGAAAAAGAAUUAGGAGACAGAGCAGAGCCAGAUUACGGAAUUUUUCCAACGGUGCCAGCAGGAAAUCCAUAUGACACAAACAAACCAGAAGAUCAGUAUCAUGUUAUAGCUACCGAAACAGGUAUAAUUCCAAAUCUAAUUUAUGUCGUAAUACCAACUAUACCAUUACUACUGUUAAUUCUGGUGGCUUUUGGGACUUGCUGUUUCCAGAUGCUUCAUAAAAGUAAAGGAAGAACAAAAACGAGUCCGAACCAGUCCACACUUUGGAUUUCAAAGACCCCUAGGAAGGACAGUAGCAUGGAGGUAUAAUGAUUUACUGACUGAAAGCAAAGUAAAAAUAACAUUUUGCAGUUGGGCUGUAUUAUAAUGUCGUCUGAGAACAUUAGCUUGGAAUGGCUUGAAAAUGCAAAGGAUCUACAAGAAUGAACUGUAAGCUCCCCCUUGAGGCAAAUGUUCAGAUCAUUUUUAUAUAAUGUUUGAUUAUUAAUUCAGUAACAAAAUAUGCCAUGCUAAAUAAAGGGUAUGUGUUUAUUUUGCUAAGAGAUGUAAGUCAGCUAGUUGUGAGUAAUGAAUUGAAAAUGCAUUUGAAAUUUUUAUGAGGACGUAUCUAUAAUGUAUAUCAAUUUUAAGAUAGAUUGUUUGUAGUCAAACAAAACCUUCCUGUUUUCUUUAAUCUUCUAUCCAUUGUAACCUAGUUGAUGUACUGUACAUGAAACUGACAAUUUUGCAGUGUAACAAUUAUUUAUCUUUGCAUAAAUGUUUGAUACAAAAUAUUUGUUUAGUAUUUAUUUGCACACUUAUGACAGUUUUUGACUCUCAGGCACAAAUUACUUUGGUAUACAUAAAUUAUGCUUGCUGGCAGAGACUUCUGCCAUAUUGCAAAAUUAAUCAGCUAUGACAAAAUUCAAGGAUUCAAAAGUGGUUUGAACUUAUAGUGAAUCCACUUUAUCAGGGAGUGACCACCAUAUCUUUUUGACGUAUUGGUCCAAGGUCAACAUAAAUCACUUGGCAAAUGAUAAAACAAUAACGAAGUACCUUUGAAUACAGUUCUUUUUACAGUGGUUAAGCAAAAUAUUUUUAACUUUUUCAGAGAGAAAAUACAAAUUUCAGUAACCCAAUGGGCAAGAGUUUAAGAAUAGAAUUAGUUUUUUCAGUAAAUCUAUGUAAAGAAGAUUUUAAAGAUUAUUUAAAUAUGGUUAAUAGUUUUUUAGGAAUAAUGGAUCAAAAGGAAGACAAAUGGCUUUUCUUGGAAACGGCACUGAGAGAUUGAUCCCAGCUUUAAUGAGGCUUAGCUAGAAGAGUGUUAAUUAUGUUAAUUGGUAGAUCUAGAGGUAACCCUGAUGCAUUUAAAGUCCUUUGUAAAAAAUAUUACUAAUAUCAUUAAUGUUCAUUCUCUUUGAUGCCUUAAGAGCUUUCUGUGCUAUUAGGAUGGUGUCUCAGGGUGCUAGCAAAAGCACUCUAGCUGAUUUGUUAGUGACAGUCUGGUGCUGCUUAAGAAAGGCUAACUGGUUUUGCUGCAGUUUGCAGCAAGAGUUCAAAAGCACAAGUUCAAGUUUGUCAGGCUUUCCAUUAAUAGGAAUGCAGAAUUACUGCUGGGUGGGAGCUGGAUAGAAGUGAGAGCAUAUUACAGUUUGUGAAGCCUGCACUGUGCUUGCUGAUGUUGACUAUAGCUUCUGAAAUUCAUGGACAAAUGUGUAUCAAUUUUUCUGAGUAAAGAAAAAAAAAUAUUUAAGUUCCAAAGCACUAAUACUAGUUGUGCAAUGCUAUCACUGCAACUCUUUUGGAAGCAUCUUAAAGUUGAAGUCAUGCCAUGUUUUUACUUCCUCUUUGAAGAAGCUGCUCCUGUAGUUCAGGUCAAGCAUUGCCAUUCCUUCUUGCACUAUUCUGUAGAUUUUCUUUUAACCACAACUUUUUUUGCUCAAUCCCUUACUUCAACUUCCUUUAUAAUGAUUAAAAAUAAAACAAAAAUACUACAGUCCUGCAUGAUCAUCAAGACCAGGGUUGUUUUUCUCUUCGUGACCUAAAUAACUCACCUGAGGGCAAGAGCUUCAUCUUCCUUGGGAAUGUUUGGGGUAAUCAGAACUUGAUCUUUAUGGAUUAACUGCUUCAAGAAAAUAGGGGAGGAAAGAGUAAUGUUUAAUCUAAAACUACAGAGCUGCCAUUUCUUCAUACUUUGUACUUCCAAAUGACACUUGGCAGUCAAUAUUGUGAUUGGUGCAGCAGAAGUGACUGGAGUCAUUUCCAUGCUGCAGUCAGGAGAAUGCAAACACCUUCAGAUGUCUUUCCAAAAGGGCAGAGGUGACUGCUGGGCAUUUAUCAAUGUGGGCCAAUCUUAAAGUGUGUGAAAGAGGAAUGGAAAAUGGCAUGCUAUGGUUUAAUUAUAAUGAACUUAGAUUUCACAUAUCAAUAAUAAAUACUGAUUAUUGGACAAAAUAUUUCUAUAUCAUUUCACCAGCCUAAGAGGAAGGAAUCUGAGUUCCUAGAUACCAGGUAAAAUUAAAACAGUCUUAGAGUCCUCUGUAAAAGAGAGUGCAGACAAUAAACUGUGCAGUCUUACAUCAGUUAGUUCCACCUUUAAGGUGGCGUUUAUUUUGCAUGCUCAACCAAUAAAUCCCAUAUGUAUACAAAUUCUUUCAUAUUUAUUUCCCUAGUUUUGCAUUCCAAAGGGAGAUAGGUGUAAUAGUAAGAGAGGAAAGGAGAAAAAAAAAAAGUGUUUCACCCUUGCAGAUAGAAUAUGUAGAACUUUAUGCAAAAUUCCUUUGGAUUUUUGGUGGGCUUAGAUAAUCCAGAUUUUUUAGAUAAAGCAGAUUUUUAUCUGACAUAGUACAUUAGUGAAAACGGAUUUGCUAUUUAAAUAAAACCCACAAACAACAACAAACACAAAAAAAGCUAAAAACUAACCCACUUUGUCCUUCAUGUUCGCAUUAAAUUCUACAAACUGGUGGAAGGAGCAAUUUCAGGUGACAGAUUUCAUCAACUAGAGCCACUUCAAAGCAGAUUGUCAUCUACAUACAGCUAUGGGUUGGCUCAUGCUGACCACAUCUCUCUACUUCCCUUAAUCUCACAAAUUGCCAUAGGAGGUGUGAGGCAAGGAAUUCACGAAGAAGAGUAAAGAUAUAACUAGGCCUCAAAUGGACAUCAUGACUUCAAUUUGGCAUUCUAGAAAACAUUGUACUGCCUGCCUCCAUUUCCCAUUUCCCUCAAGAAAUGUAAUUUUUCUUUUUUCCAUAACAAUUCUGGCCUUUUGCAAGCAAAUAGCAUUGCAGAUAGAAAGCUCUUGUUGCUUCCUUUAGUCCUUUAAUCUUUUCAGGUGCGAGUGUAAAUCAGCACCAAGUUUCCAUACCCUAUUUUAAAGUAUCUAAAAUAUGAGACCUUUGAAUCAAAAAUUAUCCAUGCUGCCCACAUCUAUUAACAUAUUAAUGGCUGAUUUCACCACAGGCUAGUAUGAGACAGGCAUGCUAAAGUAAUGGAUGCUGAAUGAAGGCUACAAUGUGCUUGGCAAAGGUUAUCCUGAUAUAAGUUGAAAUAAAAUAUUUAUUUUUAAUUAUACUAUCUAGUGUAUGUUACAUAUAUACUUCUGUAUAGAAGUUUAUAAUGGGAAAUUUUUGAGUCCAGUGUGAUAGUUUAUUAAUGGAUAUCUCAAAAUCUGUGCUUUGCAUUUUGGGAAGCAAAAAAUACACAUAAAUGAAAGGAUAUUACUGUAUUUCUGGGAAGUAGAUCUUCUAGUAACUGGAUCUGCUUUGAUUUGGCUUUUAUAUUUCAUUAGCAGAAUGAAAUGCCAUUUACAACAGUGAUGUAUUGUAAAUAUUACUGAAUUCAUGUCACAUUUUAAUUAAGUAUUUUAAUGUAAUUGCUUCACCCACAUCAAUUUAUACUUGAUAGCAGAAUGCACUUUAUUUUCAUUGGCUUUUUUCCAAUGAAAGAGACGAAUAGGAGAAAAAAGACUACUACUGAAGAUAAGGUUAGCAGCUCUGAAAUGUUAAUAAAAUAGUUUAGAAACAAAUUCACAAUAAAAUGAAAUAUCUUUAGUUAACUUGCAACAAUGGCACUGUGUAGUUUGUAUGAAAGAGUCUAAAAUACUUUUUGUCUGCUCUCUGGCUUAAUUACAUCUGUCUGACUUAUGGGCACAGAUAUAUUGAUGGAACUGCACAUUUUGGUCUGGACCUAAUUCCUUAACAUUUAUGAUGAUCAAAGGACAUUUUUUUUCUCAGUGAUAAUCAACCUGUGUUUGUAAGCUCACCUUGUAUUCUGAGCACUUCAUAUCUGCAUUUAGCAUUGUAAAUAACAAGUACGGAAGCUCCUUACAAAAAUCAUACAUCUAUGAGUACAUGUAUAGAUACAUAUGUGCAGUAAAUUAAAAUGCAUUUUGUGUUUUCAUGUAAACUGUAGAAUGAAAAAGACAUUAAAUUACUCUACAAUCUAUAAGCAGAAAUAAAGGACAUAUAUCAUAUUACACUAACAUUAAAACACCAUUGAAUUUAAGGUAUUUCAAUAAGAAUUAUUAUAAUAAAACUGCUUUUCUUUUGUUUGUUUUUCCAUAUUUUAUACCAUUUGGACUGCUGUUAAUGGGAAUCAGGAUAGAGUCUAUACAAAACACAAAAUCAUUAUUAAAAGCCCCCAGUACAGAGAAAGCAUAAAAUAUCAAAUGAACCCUAUUACAUUUCAUUCACCAUCCUCAUUAUUUCAUCCUCAUUUAUUCAUAAUCCUCAUUAUUGUCC